GGAGGUUGAGGGCGGGCCAUAAAUGCCCUUCGUGAAGCAGCGACGCUGUUUUCAAAGGGGGAGGCCUAAGAUGGCGGCGGCGGGCAAACUUUUGAGCUGGGAUAUUCCACCCAGGAACGGUCACAAUGUGUAUUUCUCGCGGAGCAUGUAUGAGAAAUAUUCGCUGGCUCCCUCCCUUGCUGAACUACUGGAGCUCUCCAAAAGACCCACAGACGGCAAUGCAGACCUGUCAAAUGCUGGACAAAAGAAUAGGAUUUCCAGUAGAAAAACUGCAGUAAAACCAGCCAGAGAGCCAGCUAAGCCUUCAGCGGAGAUGCCACCUUUUCAAGAUCCUCGGGUCCCCUACCCUUAUUUUUCUAGCUUCACAGAGAAAGAGCAAAGGAGAUACUUGUUUCUCUUAUCAACAUACGCAAAUGCCCAUCCCAACAUGAUAGAUCCCUCCGCACAAAAGGAUUAUUCACAAUAUCUGCAAAUGAAAGAACUUGUCAGCAAAGAAGUUGCAGAGUUCUUGAAGUUUGCCCAAAAUGCUGCCAGAAGCUGCAAUAAAGAUUAUGAGAACAUCUCUGAGGAGGCAUUGCUUUAUGCCAAGAAAUUUUUAACCUCCCGUAUUGGUUACGUGAAGAAAUAUCCGGAGUUUUAUACACUAUGUGAAAUAACCGGCAUCAUGGGAGGAAAGUUUAACACUGAACUAACAUUAAGAUUUGAAAAAAACCUUCUUGCUUUGGGAAAAAUGAACCUCAUAAAGCGAUUCUUCCCAAAACUCCCUUCUUCAAUUCAGUUGCCUGUUCGCCGCUCUAAAACCAAUCUGGAAAUCGCAACUCCUGAGCAGAGGGCUGCCGGAUUGCACAGCGAUGUUAGUACAGAUGCAAAUGCUGAAAAACUGGCGGUGAAAUACUGUCCUCAGGUGGUCCUGACCAGCGAAUCGUUGUAUACUUUGUUGAACAAUCACGGUCUCGACUACAAGCAACAGUGGGAACUCCCUGUUUCUGUGAAAACACUUUCUGGUACAGAUCUCAAGCCAGUCAAAGUUGUCUAUGUCGAUCCCCCGCUCCCAAAGAAAGAGGUGACAGUCCGAGAAAAGAACCAGAUUUUUCAUGAAUUUCUGGCUGAUUUUCAUAUGACCAAACAAUCUACUGUUUUUGCACAUGCUGCCAUUUUGGACAAGCCAUCAGAGAAGCCGUCCAGAACAGAACUGGAAACAUGUCGAGGCAGAGAGGUGCAGGUAGCUGACUCCGCGGAUCUUCACUUUGAUAUCGAUGUCACAGAACUAGAAACCUUUGCCUCGACAUCUAAGUUUCUAAAUACUUCUAAACCAGAGGGCACCCGUGGGAAACCUACCAAUAUACCUAAAAUCUUAUCAGAGCACCUAAAAAUGGAAAAAGAGGCAGCAUGGGAUAUGAACAGAGAAGGAAGCACCAAAGCCAUGGAGCAGAGGGCAAGAUCUCACAGCAGCGGGAAUUUUAAUAACACUCUGCCAUUACAUGGGGAUGUCUUGGGUUCAGAUUGCAAUGAAAAUUCAUCCGUUAAAAGGGUCAAGUUGAUGGAAACCAAACCAGAUGACGAAAGAGAUAAGGACAGUAAUACCUUUUCCAGUUCUCUGGGUAUAAAAAAUAACUUAAAGGAAGGAGUUGAUGUAGUCAAAGAUGACAGUUCAGCUGUUCUGCCCUGCUGCAGUGAUGCUGAUGAGGAAUCCUUGAUCAUUGACACAGAAUGUAAAAACAGCAGUCGGGUUGAAUCAGGGGUGAUCGUGUCUGAUCAAGGCCCCAAAUUAGACAUAGCUCCUUGCUCUAGAGGAGCCCUGCCAGGAAAACUGGAUGAUUCUUCAGAGGAUCGAGAAAAGAAUAAUCCUCAAAAUGAGCCAGGAAUUCAAGGAAGAAGAGAACCACAACAAGAAACGAAUGCUCCCCGCAAGCCGUGCCGACGACUGUCUAAAAAAUUUGAUCCAGUAGGCCAGAUUUUGAAAAUGCAGACCAAACUCCUCAAGCCACCUUCUUUGGACCGUCAGGGGCAACCAGAAGCAAACGUUGAAAGAACUUUGAAUCCUUCACCAAGCCAGGAAAAUCCAGUAUUAAAAGUCUCGGCGUCUUCCACUCCGGCACCUGAACAAAGUACCGCUGCAGAUCCUAGCAGUUCACCCAAAGGUAACUGGGCAACAUACUUCCAGGGAUCUCAGAAAGGGGUGCUUUGGAACAUGCCGGAAGAUGGUUCCGAUUAUGACCCGCCUGACCAGGGCAAUCUUGUCUACAAAUUGUUCAGCCUGGAUGAUCUGCUGUUGCUGGUUCGUUCCAGUGUACAAAAGGUUGAGCUUCGGCCACGCAGUAAGAAAGCUCAAGUCAAGAGGCACUUUCCAGUUUAUGUCCUGCCAAAGCUAGAAUAUCAAGCCUUCUAUGGGGCAGAAGCAUUAACCGAAGGCGAGGUGUGUCGGCUCUGGAUGGAGGGUUUGUUGCAUUCCAACAGUUCAUUUGCAAUUGGUCAUAUUGAUGCCCUGACCUCAAACCUUUUCCUGCUCGAACAGCUGUCGGCUGAACGUUUGAAAAGAAGAUUUGGCACAUUUAAGCCAGCAAAUUCGCUGAAUAUCCUCCAGCAUAUCUUGAAGAAAGUGGCGGGUCUGCAGGAGGGCUCUUACCUUUUGGCUCAUGCAGCAGGAGACUCAUUCGUUUCGAUCUACAAAAGCUCUCAAGAGAACGCCACUGGAGUGACGUACAACCUGCACGCUGCUCACUCUGAUCUACCUGGUGCCCCAUCAGUCCUUUCGGUUCCCUGGGUCCCGCUAGAUCCCAACAUUCCUUUAUCCUAUCACUUUGCUCAAGGGUGGGUCCCAUGCACUUUCCCACCAAAACAGUUGGAUGCAGCAAGGAAUGAGAAGGCAAGCGGGGACACACCCAGCCGCGGAGAGCAUCUCCCCAUGGAAACCAACAACAACGUCCCGCCAGCUCACCCUUUUCAGAAAAGACGUGGGGCUGCCCAGAACAAGGCCGCAAGGAGGACUAUCUACAGACAGGCCAACUGGGGGCCCAACUGGAAAUUCUGGAAAGAACCCAAGGAUGAAAAGACUUAGUCAUGCGGGAGGAAAUGAGACAGAUCUCUCCAGGGCAAAUGCUGAAAAGGGACAGAACAGCCUUUUGAUUCGCAAAAUGAUAAGGAUCCUGGGUGGCUGAACAGAGGAUCCAGACUCAGAGGGAUUGUUGCUGUGCAACCUUUUAAACCUUUUUAGCAGUUAAAGAUGGGGAGAAAUCAGAUGAGGAUUUGUUUCUGAGCAGCAUGCAUAGGGCAGAAGCAGCCUUCCAGAGAUAUGGCUCUUUCUGAGCAAAAGUGGCAGCAAAUGGAUGUUGGCACAGGCUUGCUGAACAUCAGAGGAGUUUUCUUGCUAUCUUACUAAAUCUGAAACAGGCAUGGUUCCUCCAGCCAUCUAUUUGAAUCUGAGGGAUUUCCAGGUCUGUUUCUGUUUGGCUGGCAUGCCACUGGCCACCUUCACCUUCCUUUCCCAGUCACAGUUUCCAUAUAAGUAUACUGGCAGAACUUUAUGGCCCACCGCCUUCGGAUAGGAUCUUGGCCAAAAUCCCUUUAAAAUCUUCAUUGCUGGGUUCCUUUUCUUUUCUUUUUUGUCAUGCAAUUUGCCCCACUUGAAAACUGCAGAAUUGAUUCCCUUUGACUUUGCCCCCCACCCCAUCUUUUCCAUUGUUGUUGUGGUUUCUUUUGUUUCCUGUUCAUCUGUUGUGAAUAAUACAGAUUUUGUAUAGUGAAAUGAAGAAAUAAUUCAGUCUUUUUCAAUCUGGUUGUUUCUGUGUAGUGCCAAUGCACUAAACUAGGGAUGGGGAGUGUGCAGCCUGUCCUUUGGCAGGGUGUCCUGUGGCCCUUGGGACCCCCAUUGACCACCCAAAUCUUCAGCCCCCCACCCACCCACCCUUUGCGUUCCUCUGAGGCUGAGACAAUGUGACUUGUCCAAGUUCACCCAGUGAGUUUCCAUAGCAGAGGAGGGAUUUGUACCUAUGAUAGUUUCCCAAAGUCCUAGUCCAAGACUGAAAGCACUACACCAAGCUUUGUAUAUUUUGCUAGGAUUAAUUUGCUUAUAUCUGUUCCUCCAAAUAAAUAAACUGAUGAAUGAGA